UUACUAAUUAGUCAAGAAUUAUGAUCACGAUGAUGAACUGGUAGGUAGGUAUAGGUAGAGGUACCUAACCUUAAAGAAUCGAAAACUCUAAAACUGAGCAUCUUUUAUGAUUGAUUUUUCGAAUGAAACUUUUCUGCGAAUAAAGAAUGCAUCGAUGUUCUAAUAAUCCAAUUACAUACUAUAAAUAGCUAAACAAUAUGAAUUAUUUCACCGUUUAAUUCGAUGAGACUUACCCGGAAAAUAUAGGUUAUUAAUACACUUUCGCUGUCGUACGAAAUUAACAUAAUUUUACGUUACAAAGUGUGCCAAAAUUUCAUCAAUUUAAAAGUGCAAAUAGUCAGAUAGACAUUCGAAAAAGUGCAAUAACGCGAUCAACACUUCAUCUUUUUUCUAAAUAAACAAUUCCGGAAUCUAUGUUGUUUUAAGUGUAUUACAAGUGUAAUUUUCUAAGUGAUCUCGACAAUAAUGAGUUUUUUUAAUCCAGCUUGGCAUUUAGUUAAAGCCAAAAAUACGGAAAAAAAUGAAACCGAAAUAUGGAAUAGACAUAAAAAACCAAAAACGCAAUCCUCAAAUUUAGAAAAUAGUAGAGACGAAAAUAAUAAUGUCAUAGAAGCUAAAAAAACAGAUCAUCAGCAAAUACUUUGGUUGAAUGUUUUCUUUAUUACCUUAUUCCAUUUAAUAGCAGCUUACACAUUUAUUAUAUACGUAACGAAAGCUAAAUUUUUAACAAUUUUCUGGGGAAUAUUUGUCGGCGAAGUUGGUGGUUUUGGGAUAACAGCAGGAGUUCAUAGACUUUGGGCUCAUCGAUCAUACAAAGCUAAAUUACCGCUGAAAAUCUUCUUACUUUUUUGUUAUACAGUAGCUGGUCAGAACGACGUACACGAAUGGGUUAGAGAUCACAGAGUACACCAUAAAUUCAGUGAAACGGACGCUGACCCGCAUAAUUCCAACAGGGGUCUUUUCUUCUCACAUGUCGGUUGGCUGAUGAUGAAAAAGCAUCCAGAUGUAUCUAUAAAAGGAAAAACAGUCGAUAUGAGCGAUAUACAAAAUGAUCCACUAAUAACUUUCCAUACUAAAUAUUUCUUGUACUUCAAAAUUUUAUGCUGCUUCAUAUUACCAGUAUUAGUACCACUUUACGUAUGGAAUGAAACAUGGAGAAUUUCUUUUUGUUCGCAAGUUUUCAUACGAUACGUAAUCAACCUCAAUUUUACUUGGUCUGUGAAUAGUUUAGCUCAUAAAUGGGGAUCAAAACCUUAUGACAAAACGAUUAAACCUUCCGAAAAUUUAGCAGUUUGCAUAAUGGCGAUGGGAGAAGGUUAUCACAAUUAUCACCAUGUGUUUCCUUGGGACUACAGAGCAGCCGAGUUGGGAAAUUACAUGUUUAAUGUGACAACAUUAGGAAUAGAUUUCUUCGCAAAAAUAGGAUGGGCGUAUGAUUUGAAAAAACCUUCAAAAGAGUUAGUCGAACAAGUUAUUCAUAAAAGAGGAGCAUUGUCAUCUGAUUUAGAUGGUAGUAAAGAAACGUCAACUGUGUACGAAUAAUUUAUCUCAAUUUGACCACAACAGACUGAAAUAUUGACUCAUAUUCAAGAGUAGAAAUGUGUUAAGUACUUUUAAGAUUUUUUUAUAUGUAUUUUUAAUAAUUUAUUAUUGAAGCAAUAAAUGCUAGAAUUGUUA